UUGAUGAUUUUUUUCUUUGAAAAUAAAUAUGAGCAUUACUGACUGAGGAGCUCAUUCUAAAGCCCAAGUAAAAUUGCUCUGCAAUUCCUUACUUAGAAGUUCUUGAUGGCUGCAAUGUCGUUGAAGAUUGAAGGAUACGUAUCAUCAUCACCAUUCACUUUUGAAAGGCGGCGGUUGCGAUCAAGAUCAACCAAUUUGAUCGGUUGGCAACCAUCCAGGCUCUGCAAUUCGAAACUGAAUAUUAGAAGACAAAGAGGGCUUCAAAGAGGGAUUCGUCUUCCAAAGUCGUUCUGCUUGGUCGCAUCAUCUAAGGCAUCGUCUUCAUCUUCAGACUCUUCUGGCGGCUCGAGUUAUGAGGUGUUCUUGAACUUUAGUGGUAAAGACAUUCGCACCAAUUUCGCUGAUCAUCUCUAUAAUGGCUUGGUCGGUUCUGGAAUUAGAACUUUCAGGGACGAUGAUGAACUCCAAAAGGGAAAAGAGAUUGGUCCAGAUCUAGUCGCUGCAAUCCUGGAAUCAAGAAUCUCCAUUCCCAUCUUCUCGAUGAACUAUGGUUCAAGCAAGUGGUGCCUCACUGAGUUACUCGAGAUAUGUGAAUGCAGAAGAACAAUGAAACAGAUCGUCUUUCCCAUUUUCUAUAAAGUUGAACCAAGGGAUGUGCGAAACCAGACCGGGGUAUAUGAGAAGUUCUUUGAGGAACACCAGAAGCGAUUCGACGACACAACGGUGCAAAAGUGGAAAAAUGCUCUGAAAGAGGUUGGAAAAUUGGAUGGAUGGCAUAUCAAGGAGGAGACGCAUGAAGGGAAGUUAAUAAAAAUAGUUGUUAAAACAGUUUGGAGUGAACUGAACAAAAGACCCUUGAGUGUCUCUAACAACCUAAUUGGAAUGGAGUCUCAUAUAGAAAAAAUGUUGAUGCUGUUAAACAUUGAAUCUGGCAGUAGAAAAAUUGUAGGGAUCCAUGGCCUUGGUGGUGUUGGAAAGACAACGAUCGCUAGGGCUGUCUACAAUACAAUCUUUCAUCACUUUGAAGGAUAUAGUUUUAUUGAAAAUAUUCAAGAAAAUGCUCAAAACUAUGGGCUUCCUCAUCUGCAAAACCAACUUAUCUUUGAUAUCUUGAAACAAAAGAAUCAUAAUAUUACCAGUGUGGAUGAUGGAAUAGAUGUGCUCCAACAAAGAUUUCGUGAUAAAAAAGUUCUUAUUGUUCUUGAUGAUGUGGAUCAAGAUAUUCAUGUGAGGUGUUUAGUUGGCAACCAUGAAUGGUUUGGUAUUGGAAGUAAGAUCAUUAUCACAAGCCGAAAUGAGGAUGUUUUAUGUGCUCACGAAGCAGAUGAGAUUUACAAGCCCAAUGUUAUGGAUUUAGAUCAUUCUCUUCAACUCUUUAGCCAUCAUGCAUUUCGAAGGGACCAACCUCCGGAAGAUUAUUUAGAUUUCUCAAAAGCAAUGGUAGAAAUUACUGGAGGACUUCCCUUGGCUCUUCAAGUUAUAGGUUCAUCUUUAUUCUCUAGGGAAAAAUCAGUAUGGGAAGACAUGUUAAAGAAGUUGCAAAAAGUUCCCAAUAAUGAUAUCAUGAAAAGAUUAAAAAUAAGUUAUGAUAGAUUAGAUGAUGAGGAGCAACAAAUAUUUCUUGAUACUGCUUGUUUUUUCGUUGGAAUGAAUAAAGAAAUUGCAUGCCACAUAUGGGAUGGAUGCGAUUUUUUCCCUCAAGUAGGACUUCGUGCUCUUUGUGCAAGGUCUUUAAUAACAACUAGUGAAGAUGGUGAAUUAAGGAUGCAUGAUCUACUUCGAGAUCUUGGAAGGGAAAUUGUUCGGCAAGAGAGCAUAAAAGAGCCAGGGAAGCGUACUCGAAUAUGGUCUCAAGAGGAAGUCUUGGAUGUACUUGAUACACAAACGGGAACAAGUAAUGUUGAAGGACUCAGUCUUGCUUUCCACAGCAGAUCAAGUAGCCCAUGUUUGAGUGAUAAUGGUUUUGUUCCAAUGACAAAACUGAGGUUACUCCAAUUUGACCAUGCAAAAUUUUUUGGGAGCAUCACGCAUUCUUUAUCAGAAUUGAGAUGGCUUAGUUGGAAAGGCUUCCAUGACCAUUAUGUGCAAACCAAUUUUCAUCCGUGGAAACUUGCUGUUCUCGAUCUAUCACAUAGUGAUGUCACAGAAGAAUGGAUGGUUUGGAACUGCAUCAAGAUGGCAGUAAAUCUAAAAGUUCUAAUUCUCACGUCUUGUCAUCGGCUAACUACAACUCCUGAUCUGUCAGAAAAUCGACAAUUGGAGGUAUUGAUUCUUAAAGACUGUGAAAAUUUGGUUGAGAUCGACGCAUCCAUUGGUUAUCUUGAGAACUUAGUCAAGUUAGAUAUGAGUGGCUGCAAAAGUCUGGUGGAUCUGCCAAUUGAAAUUCUUCAGUUGACUUCCCUCGAAGAACUCAAUUUAGAGGGUUGCAAAAGUCUGAAUAAGCUCCCUGAGGAAUUGGGCCGCAUGAUCUCCUUGACAACACUUGAUUUAAGUGGAUGCGAUAGACUUGGAUCCCUUCCAAAUCUUCCUCCGAGUUUAAAAUUUUUUGAUGCUUCUAAUUGCAAGUCGAUAAGAUCACUCCCAAUGCUUUCAAGCCUGGAAAAUCUAAAGGUAUUGAGCUUUAGAGGAUGCUGGAAGCUUCUAUACAUACCAAAUCUUCCCUUGAGUUUGACCAGCCUUGAUGUCCGCAGCUGUUCUUCAAUUCGAAACAUCUCAGGUCUUCCCUCGAGUUUGGUCUGCCUUGAUGUCUAUGGUUGUUCUUCAAUUCAAUACAUCCCAGAUCUUCCCUCAAGUUUGACCCGCCUUGAUGUUAGCCACUGCUAUUCAAUUCAAUACAUCUCAAUCUCAGGUCUUCCCUUAAGUUUGACCCACCUUCAUGUUAGUCAUUGCCCUUCAAUUAAAAAAAUAUCAGGUCUUCCCUCAAGUUUAACCCACCUUCAUGUUAUUGAUUGCUCUUCUAUUCAAUACAUCCCAGGUCUUCCCUCAAGUUUGAUCAGCCUACAUGUUAUUGCUUGUGGGUCAAUAAAAAAACUAUCAAGUACUUCAGGCUUGAGAAAUUUAGAAACAUUAUUUCUUGUUUGGUGCUACAGCCUAGAAGAAAUUGAAGGUGUUGAUAUUAAGGGAUUGGACUCCCUUGUGUUCUUCACCAUGCGGGGCAGCAGAUCAUUAAAAAUAUUUCAAAAACUGACCGGCUGGAAAAAACUAAGGAAAUUAGAACUGACUGACUGCCGAAUAUCUGAUAUUGAUGGCAAGGGGAUGCACUCUCUAGAGGAGUUGGAUAUAGCGGAUUGCCGACCAUUAAAAAAAAUAUCAGACCUGUCGGAUUCUAGACAGCUGUGGAAACUAAGAAUCAAUUCCUGUCCAGAUUUAUUCAAGAUUGAGGGCCUUGAGGAUUGUGAAUCCUUACAAACAUUAACAGUCAGUGGGGCCAAUUCAUUAAAAACUUUACCUGAUCUUUCAAAAUUGAAGAAGUUGCUGGUAUUAAGGAUUAAGAGUUGUCAGAAGUUGACCGAAAUUCCAGGUCUUGACAAAUUGAAGUCCUUGAAAGAAUUGAAAAUAGAAGGGUGCAUAGGCAUUCAAAGAUUACCAGAUCUGUCAAACUUAAAAAACUUGCAUGAUCUAGCGAUUAAGCAUGGUCGGAAGUUGACCAAAAUUCCAGGUCUUGACAGAUUGGAGUCCUUGCGAGAACUGAAAAUAGAAGGGUGUGUAGCCAUUCAAAGAUUACCGGAUCUAUCAAACUUAAAAAACUUGCAUGAUCUAGCUAUUGAAGACUGCCAGAAGCUAACCGAGAUACAUGGUCUUGACAGAUUGCAUUUUUUAAAGAGUUUGAAUAUUAAUGGGUGCAAGUCCUUGGAAAGAUUACCAGAUCUGUCAAAUCUAAAAAAUUUAAAGCUAUGAAGUGCUAAAUUCUGCAAGAAGCUAACUGAGAUUCGAGCUGUUAAUGGAUUGAAAUCUUUGAACUUAUUGGAUGUGAGGGGGUGUACAUAUUUGGAAAAAUUACCAGAUCUGAAGCUUUUAGAGGCAUUAAGUAAGGAAAAUGGUAGUGUACGUAUCUGUCGGACCCCACUUAGGACCGGAUACAUCGGGUAAAUUCCAAGGCUAUGAAAUUUUACACAUGGCCAAUUAAGAACAUGUUUGCCAAGUGCCAAACUAAGCAUUUAAUAAGGACCAUUGAGGGAUGCAUGGACUUACAUCGGUUAUGGUAUCCUUUUACAUUGAAGGGUGCAUGGUCGAAUGGGGUUAAGAAAUUUUACACAUGGUCAAUUAUGACCAUUCCCUACAUAUCCAACUGUCAAAAUCAUUAGAUCACCCUUCCACGUGGCAAAUUAGUAGUCAUGAUGGUCUAGAAAACCAUCUUAACGUGUCUGUCCAGAGAUACUUUUGCCUUCAAAAUUUGGGAAACUACUGAUAAGCACACUUCUCUUAUUCUUAGGACUCCAUUGCUAUAUAUAAAUGUCCCAAGAAUGUCUCCCUCCAUUUCAAAAUAUUGAGAUGAAAAGGUCCCAAAACUAGGUUGGCCAAUGUCUUUUUUUAUUCCUUUUUCUCAUCAACAAGCUCCCAAUACUAGGUUCAAGCCACAUCUUUAAUUUUGUUAUCUUUUCAUAUCAGCAAGCUACAACUUUGGGGAGAAAAAGAAUGUUCUUACAUGUUGUAGCUUUCAACAUAAAUGUUCUUACAUGUUGUAGUUUUCAACACACUCUUAUUGUUUUGCAAUGUGGGAAAGAUGAUUUUGUAUCUCACUAUUGCAUAGAUUAAAAAAAUCCUGUAUAUGCUGUAUGUCAAAUUUGAUGGUUCACUCAAACCGUACAACCCACCAUGUAUACAGCUUAUCCCCAUGAUCUAUCAUUUUGGUUAUUAUUUCUCAGAUAGUCCCAUCUUCUCACACAAGUUUCCAUAGCAUUAUGAUAAGUGCAACAGUCACUUAGUGUGGAAUUUAAUAUAUGAUUAGGUACUGAUAUGGAUAAUGUGCCCAACAAAUUUAAUAUUUAAACUAAUCCUCAACUAACACUUAUGGGAAUUCUAGAAAGCCUACUAAGUUUCUAUGCUUUUUAUUUAUGCUACUACCACCCUACCUCAACUUGUCCACUUCAAUUGGAUGCUUGAUGAUGUGGCACAACAACUGGUGUGGAAAUUAUUUUUGUUGGACAGAAAGUACUAGAAUUAUAAGGAUUGGAUUUAUUAGUACUUUUCCCUUUAAAUAUUUUUUUAUGAGAUUCCCUUUAAUUUUUAUCAGUCAAUUACACCUGAGAUACUUAAUAUUUAGGGUAUCCAUGUUUAAGGUACUUAGUGUUUAGAAAACUACAUUUGAGGUAUCCAAUGUUUACGGUGUCAAGUGUUAAUAUAUGUGAUCACAUGGCAAUGAAAUGACCAAAAUAUCUCAAGUUUGUAGGUACGUCAAAUGUAAUUUCUUACCCAUUUUUUAUUUCUACUUGAAUAUUUAAUCAACUAA